AUGGAUGCUCCCAGGACUUUUGGAGACCUUGAUAACGACUGUAUCAUGGUCAUCAUUGAGCACUUCCGCGACGAUGAUCACGACAGUAACUUUCCUUGGCGCGAAACCUCGGCACUCUCAAGCACAAAAGCCCUGUCGGGCGUCAAUCGGAGGUACCGCCAACUCAUUCUACCGAUCUUGUUUCGAUUGGGCGACCUCGUGAUCGGCGGCGAUGGGGACAUAACGAAGCAAUCCUCGUUCUACGAUGCACUGAAAAACUCCUCAUUUGCUGCAGACUGCGUUCGGGCCCUCUCCAUCGAUUUCCACAAGUAUCCGUGCCUGCGACGAGGAGGAAACGAACCGGCGGAUAACGCCUUCGACUUCCAUUCGACACUGAGCGCCUUCCUGUCCAGCGCAGAUAGCCUCCGUGAGUUACGGAUCGCAAGUCAUCUUCCUAAGACGCUUCAGGGUCUCGAACUCAAACACAACGUCGUAUUCGACAGCCUUCGGACUCUGCAAGUGAGGAACGUCCCUGAUGCCGGUGCGCUGGUCAAGGCGUGUCCCAACUUGCAGGUCUUCUGUUCAACAUACCCUCUCGCUAAGCCCAAGACAGCGUUCAAGGCAAUUGCGGCUCAUCCCAACCUCGAGAAGGUCCAGCUGGACAAGAAUGGUUGGACAGAGAAGCAAUUGAAGGAGCUGUGUGGCCUCGUGAAGGGCGUGUCACACCUAUUUCUCUCACACGUCUGGGACCGCUUCCUGCACAAACCGAACGUCACAAAAGCCCGCGAGGUAUUCCCCGUCCUGGGAAUCCUUCAGGGGGUCGAGAAGCUGGAGUUAGACUGUCGAUUCUUGUACGAACCGGAGACCGAAGUGUCGACUGCGGCACGCCAUCUGCUCAUGAGCCAUUCAAGCCUCUCUCAGAUCACCUUGCAUGGUUUCAGAUACACCUCUGGAUGGCCUUCGCUUCAAUACUGUAAAGUUCCGACCGAGAACGAUCCAUACGCAUCGGAGGUCAUCAAGAUCGAAGGCGAAGACCGUGAUUACGUCACGAACCCUUUCUCAACCUACUUCUCCCCACGCAGCGGCAGUCGAUUGCGCGCACCCCGUAAAGUCGCCUCACUCAAUCUGGGGUUGGGCGAAAUGGACGACGACUGA